AUGCAAAUGGAAGGGCUGCGUAAGCUUCAGAAUUUGCCGCUCCGAUACGCAGGAGCUUUGGAUUGUUUUGUAUCGCUUUAUAGGACACAAGGCUUUUUUGGUCUUUGGAUAGGAUGGAUUCCAAACUGUCAGCGGGCUGCACUACUCAAUAUGGCAGAUAUCGCCACUUACGACUUUGUUAAGCAUAGACUCAUUAGAGAGUUUAGUUUCCGAGAUAAUUGGGUCACUCAUGCUGUCUCCAGUGCCUGCGCAGGCUUAUCAGCUGCCAUAGUUUCACUUCCGUCGGAUGUUGUUAAAACAAGAAUGAUGGACCAGAUAAGACAUGAACUAGAUGCAAAAAUGUGGAGCUCACACGAAAAGCAUCCACGUUCACCUUUACAACGGUUGUAUAGACUGCUUCGUAAAGAUAGUGCGCUACGAGGGAUUCUUCUCACUUUACAGGGGAUUUAUCCCCAGUUAUAUCCGAAUGGCACCUUGGUCACUGACUCUUCAGUUAGAUUUGCUAGUGAAUUAACACCUACCUCAGGUCACCACUAUUUACGGGUAGUUGAGGUAUUGAGUGCUCUUUUAUAA